AUGAAUAAUUUAUACCGUGUUUUCGUUUUUAUAUCGAUAUUUUUGCGCGUGAAUAGUGUUCUGUUUGACAGGUAUAGCGGAAAAAAAGUCGACGAGGAACGAGCAAAGGAAUUUCGAUUAAAAAAGUACUUGGACAAAUGUACAGUAGACAUAAAGUCAUGCGCAGCCCACGAGGUCAGCCGUGUGAGUGGUACUUGCAACAAUUACAAGCAUCCCGCAGCCGGUGCCGCCGGCAGGCCAUAUUUACGAUUGCUACAACCGGAUUAUGCUAAUCAAAAUGAAAUACGACGAUCCAAAACCGGUGAGCAACUACCAUCAGCUCGUAAAGUACACACGAGUCUGAAUGUAGCCACAAAGUACGUACUUGACAGGAGCAAUCUGAAUGCAGCUGCUAUUCACUUUAUGGAACUAGUAAGACAAGACUUGAGUUCUUCUAAUGGACCUUUGGAUUCCCUAAAGAGAAACUGCUGCACUGAGAAAGCUGAUCCUCGAUGUAUCCCCAUACAAGUUGAUAACGACCCUCACCUCCAAGGAAUACACUGUCUAAACUUCUCGAGAGCGGAAACUUUCCAAGAUCUAGGUUGUACACACGACAUUACACCCGCACAGAUAAAUUACCAAACCCCCUUAUUAGACUUGUCACUAAUAUAUGGGGUUGAGGAAACAUCUCAAAAAGGUCGGUUAUAUAAGGAUGGUCUUCUCAAAUCUAACAAGGCGGGACAUCGUGAACUACCACUGAACUACAAUACUGAUUGCUUUACUGAUAAUGGCACCUGUUAUACAAUUGGCUUACCGAAAAUCUCGCCACUGGAUCUGCGUACGACCACCUUAGCUAUAUUCUUUUUGCGCGAACACAACCGCUUAGCGCAUGCGCUUGCAAAUCUCAACCCGUGCUGGAAAGAUGACAGGAUAUUCAAAGUUGCGCGACAAAUCAAUGUUGCUACUGCCUCAAAUAUCUUCAUGUAUGAGCUGAUGCCUAGAAUAAUUGGUUACAGAAAUAUGAUAACUUACGAUCUUAUAUCUACCUCCAAUGACCACGUGACAACGUAUGAUGUACAGACCCCACCAGGGGUGUACGCUGAAUUCGAUAUAGCCAUGCGAUUUUUUAACACCUUUAUGAGUUCCAAAAUCGAAAAAUAUAAUGAAGCCUACGAGAAGGUCGGAGAUAUAGAACUAAAUAAAAGUUUCCUCUUACAAAGCCUCCUCGAAAACGAAACAAAUUUCGAAGAGAUCAAUCGAGGAACCUUUUUACAAAGUGCUACAAAUAUCAAGAACAUCAAGUUUCCAAACGAUGACCCGGUCUCUAUGGAUAUUCAAAGCGGUAGAGAUUUCGCUUUACGAGGAUAUAACGAGUACAGAGACUUCUGUGGAUUGAGAAUAGCGAUGGAGUUUGACGAUCUAAAGGAUAUUAUUGAUGAUGAGAUAGUGGAAGUACUCAAAAAGGUCUACAAAAACGUGAAUGACGUGGACCUAUUGGUCGGGAUAUUGGCUGAGAAUAAUAUUGAUUCAACAUUCGUUGGUCCAACCUUAUUUUGUAUUAUCGUGAAGCAGCUAGAAAUAUUACGAUUUUCAAAUAGAUUCUGGUUUGAAAGAGGGGACAAUUAUCAUAGUUUCUCUCUAGCUCAAUUAAGUGAAAUAAGGAAAACAAACAUGGCUCGAAUCGCCUGUGACAAUGCAGAGGGCAUCAAAUAUAUACAACCAAAUGCUUUCAUGAGUACUUCUCACUGGAAUACACCAGUCCCGUGUUCCCACAUUCCGGGACUUGAAUUAUCGAAAUGGCGGGACGCGAGCUGCAAAGAGAACGCUUCCACUAAAAGCGAAAAACAUGAUUCUAACCAAUAUCACUUUCCGCAAUAUACGUCGUUCAUAAAUGAUAUUUUAUCGUCCAUGCAUUUACGGUAA